ACAAAGAUGGCCAAGAGAAAAUAUUUAAAGGAUACGAAGCAUGUCAUGAAUUCUGCUCUUGGCUGUUUACAACAGUGCACAAAAAUUACACUGUUAUUGCACACAAUAUGAAGGGAUUUGACGGUCAGUUUAUAAUGGCAUGGCUUUUAGAACAGGGUACGGCACCUGAAGUAAUCCCUAAUGGCUCUAAAGUGAUGGUAAUCACCCAUACCGCCCUCAACAUAAAACUUAUUGAUUCUUUUAAUUUCCUGCCGAUGGCUCUCUCAAAGCUGCCUGCUUGUUUCGGCCUUACAGAACUAAAAAAAGGAUAUUUUCCGCACCUUUUCAACAAGAAAGAAAAUCAAAAUUAUGUGGGAUUUUUACCUGAGCCUAAGUACUACAAUCCUGAUUGUAUGACUAGUGCGGUGCGAACCUCCUUUUUGGAAUGGCAUAAAGAACACGAGAAGGAUAUAUUUGAUUUCCAAGAAGAAAUUCUCACGUAUUGCCGAUCAGAUGUUGAUAUCCUUCGUAGAUGUUGCGUUGAAUUUAGAAAUCAGUUUUUAGAAAUUACAGGAGUAGACCCCUUUUGUUACAUAACCAUUGCAUCAGCGUGUAUGGCGGUUUACAGAUCCCGACACAUAAUACCUAAUACCAUCGCAAUGAUACCUGUAGGAGGUUAUAUCAAUCGCACGAAUCAUAGUCCUGACUGUAUUCGUUGGCUUGAUUUUAUUGCCCAAAAAGAGAGCAUUGAAAUCGAACACGCUUUGAACGGAAAAGGAGAAAGACGAUUGGAUGGUAUAUCUGUAGACGGAUAUUGCAAAGAAACAAAUACUGUUUAUCAAUACUACGGAUGUUUCUUUCACGGUUGCUCCACCUGUUUUGACGGAGAUGCACUCCACCCCAUAACAAAAUUACCCAUGUCGACAUUGCGACAACAAACGGUAGACAAGACUUACCAGCUACGUGAUCGAGGGUAUAAUGUAAUUGAAAUGUGGGAGCAUGAUGAGUUUGAGAUGAAAAAGAAAACAGAUGAAAAAGUAAAAUAUUUUCUUCUAAGUCACGAGCUUCAGGAUCGAUUGAAUCCUAAAGAUGCUUUCUUCGGCGGGCGGACAAAUGCCAUUCAGCUGUAUUAUGAGGGUGAUGCAAAGUAUGUGGAUUUCACUUCACUGUAUCCAUGGGUCAAUAAAUACUGUUUGUACCCCGUCGGACACCCUAAUAUUAUUACUGAAAAUUUUGAUGCCUUGGAAAACUAUUUCGGUAUUAUAAAGUGCCGAAUACUGCCUCCUCGAGGUUUAUACCUCCCCGUAUUGCCGUACAGAGCACAAAAUAAACUGAUGUUUCCCCUCUGCAAGACUUGUGCUGAAUUAAUGUAUCAAGGCAUUUGCCAGCACUCAGAUGAUGAGAGAGCCAUCAUUGGCACAUGGGUGACUGAAGAAGUCAAAUUAGCAGUGAAAAAAGGUUACUGUAUAACAAAGAUUUAUGAAGUGUACCAUUUUUCUCAAUUUACGGAUACUCUAUUUCAAUCUUAUAUCAACUUGUUUUUAAAAAUAAAACAAGAAAGCAGCGGCUGGCCAGCCGAUUGUGUAAGCUCGACCGAACGAAAACGCUACAUUGAAGCCUAUUUUGAGCGAGAGGGUGUGCAGCUUGAUGAAUUUAAUAUUAAGAAGAAUCCUGGAAGACGGCAAGUAGCCAAAUUGGCUUUGAACAGCUUCUGGGGGCGAUGGGGAAUGAACCUGAACAAGAUACGUUUGACUUAUGUUCAUACAUUACCUGAUUUCAAUAAAUUAUUAGCAGAUCCAACAAAAAAUAUCAAAGACUUAUAUUUUCCGACUCCUGAAGUAGCUGCUGUGCAAUGGGACUAUAAACAUUAUUUUGUUCCACAGGACACAUCCACAAAUGUGUUCUUGGCAGCUUUUACUACUGCAUGGGCACGGUUAAAGCUUUACAGUGAAAUGGAGAAGUUGGGCCGUGCUGUGUUGUAUCAUGACACGGAUUCAAUUAUAUACGCAAGCGAUUUUACCAACGAUCCGCCUCUUGGUUGA